AUGGAACUUGGCAACAUAGAAUAUAAGGUGAAACUUGUGAACCCGUCGUCGUCACGUCUACAGCAUUUGAUCACGCAAAUGAAGUGGCGGCUCAGAGAAGGUCAAGGCGAGGCAAUCUAUGAGGUCGGUGUUGAGGAUGGUGGCAAAAUGAGUGGGUUGUCAGACGUAGAAAUGGAAGCAUCGCUGAUCACUUUGAAAGCCAUGGCGAAUGCUCUUGAUGCUAGCAUGGUCAUACUAACAGAGAAGGAUGUGACUCCUCGAGGCAGCUGUUCACGUCGCCGAGUGGUCGAAGUUCUCGUACGCAAGGUUCCCGAGAGUCAGCAGUUCAUCGAGUUGAGGUUAGCCGUACUUGGUGGCGCGGACGUUGGAAAAUCUACAUUCUGCGGUGUGAUGACUCAAGGUUGCCUCGAUGAUGGCAAUGGGAAGACCAGGCUUAACCUUUUCAGGUUUCCACAUGAGGUCCGUAGUGGAAAAACUAGCUCAGUGUGUUUGGACGUCAUUGGAUUCGAUUCGCGGGGAAAGCUUGUCAAUUAUGCUCAAAAUAGCCUUGAAGAAUUAGUGGAGCGGUCCAAGAAAAUAGUUACACUAAUCGAUCUGGCUGGUGAUUCGAAGUAUCUGAAAACCACCAUACAUGGAUUGACUGGCUACAAACCUCACUUCGCCUGCCUAUUAGUCUCUGCUGAAAUUGGACCAACCUCCACCACGAAAGAACAUCUUGGUCUUGCUGCAGCUCUCAAUAUUCCUGUUUUCGUAAUAAUAACAAAAUGGGAUCUCGUGGAAAAGGAACAACUGGACAGAGUUAUUAAGUCUGUGACGUCGUUACUUUCGCGAGCUGGUAUGGUUGCGUGCCCAAAACGAGUUAAGCGAAAAAGGGAUGCUGUC